GCUGCCCCGCGUCCCUCCUCCCGCCCUCGGAAGAGCGAGCGAGCGGCGAGGUUCCGGGCGAGCUGUGUCGAGCCCAGGAGCCGAGGAGCGGGGAACGCAGGCGUCCCGAGCCCGGAGCGGCCCCGCGCACCGGAGCGGCCGAGGCUCCCCGCGCAGCGCCCGCCGCGGGCCGCGCAGCCCCGGCCGCAGACUGUCACCCAGGAGCCGCGUCCAGAGCCCUGUGAGAACUGACCCAUCGCAGACAAUCAUCAGGGUGACCUUGAGCCGCAAAGCUGCUGUCCACGUGGACCGGGGCUGACGUUGCACGCCCACCUGCCAGGACCCCUGUGUGCAAACCCCGAGACAUGGCGGCCAACGGCAGCAAGGUGGCCGACGGGCAGAUCGCCACGGAGGUCAGCGAGGCCCCCGUGGCCAAUGACAAGCCCAAGACCCUGGUGGUCAAGGUGCAGAAGAAGGGGGCGGAGCUUCCCGACAGGGACACGUGGAAGGGCCGCUUCGACUUCCUCAUGUCCUGUGUGGGCUACGCCAUCGGCCUGGGCAAUGUCUGGAGGUUCCCGUACCUGUGUGGGAAGAAUGGAGGCGGGGCCUUCCUCAUCCCCUACUUCCUGACACUCAUCUUUGCUGGAGUCCCGCUCUUCCUGCUGGAGUGCUCGCUGGGCCAGUACACGUCCAUCGGGGGGCUGGGCGUCUGGAAGCUGGCCCCCAUGUUCAAGGGCGUGGGCCUGGCCGCGGCCGUGCUCUCCUUCUGGCUGAACAUCUACUACAUCGUGAUCAUCUCGUGGGCCAUCUACUACCUAUACAACUCCUUCACCACGACGCUGCCAUGGAAACAGUGUGACAACCCCUGGAACACCGACCGCUGCUUCUCCAACUACAGCAUCGUCAACACCACCAACAUGACCAGCGCCGUGGUGGAGUUCUGGGAGCGCAACAUGCAUCAGAUGACUGACGGGCUGGACAAGCCAGGCCAGAUCCGCUGGCCGCUGGCCAUCACCCUGGCCAUCGCCUGGGUCCUGGUGUACUUCUGCAUCUGGAAAGGUGUGGGCUGGACCGGAAAGGUGGUCUACUUCUCGGCCACGUACCCCUACGUCAUGCUCAUCAUCCUGUUCUUCCGUGGAGUCACACUGCCUGGCGCCAAGGAGGGCAUCCUGUUCUACGUCACGCCCAACUUCCGCAAGCUGUCCGACUCCGAGGUGUGGCUGGACGCGGCUACGCAGAUCUUCUUCUCCUAUGGGCUGGGCCUGGGCUCCCUGAUUGCCCUGGGCAGUUACAACUCGUUCCACAACAACGUGUACAGGGACUCCAUCAUCGUCUGCUGCAUCAACUCCUGCACCAGCAUGUUCGCCGGCUUCGUCAUCUUCUCCAUCGUGGGCUUCAUGGCCCACGUCACCAAGCGGUCCAUUGCUGACGUGGCGGCCUCAGGCCCGGGGCUGGCAUUCCUGGCGUACCCGGAGGCCGUGACCCAGCUGCCCAUCUCUCCGCUCUGGGCCAUCCUCUUCUUCUCCAUGCUCCUGAUGCUGGGCAUCGACAGCCAGUUCUGCACCGUGGAGGGCUUCAUCACGGCCCUGGUGGACGAGUACCCCAGACUGCUGCGCAACCGCCGGGAGCUCUUCAUCGCCGCCGUCUGCAUCAUCUCCUACCUGAUCGGCCUCUCCAACAUCACCCAGGGGGGCAUUUACGUCUUCAAACUCUUCGACUACUACUCCGCCAGCGGCAUGAGCUUGCUGUUCCUCGUGUUCUUCGAAUGCGUCUCCAUCUCCUGGUUCUACGGUGUGAACCGUUUCUACGACAACAUCCAGGAGAUGGUGGGCUCCAGGCCCUGCAUCUGGUGGAAGCUGUGCUGGUCCUUCUUCACCCCCAUCAUCGUGGCGGGCGUGUUCCUCUUCAGCGCCGUGCAGAUGACCCCUCUCACCAUGGGCAGCUACGUGUUCCCCAAGUGGGGCCAGGGAGUGGGCUGGCUCAUGGCUCUGUCCUCCAUGGUCCUCAUCCCCGGCUACAUGGCCUACAUGUUCCUCACCCUGAAGGGCUCCCUGAAGCAGCGCAUCCAGGUCAUGAUCCAGCCCAGCGAGGACCUCGUGCGCCCCGAGAAUGGCCCCGAGCAGCCCCAGGCCAGCAGCUCUGCCAGCAAGGAGGCCUACAUCUAGGGCUGCGGCCGCCUGCCGAGCGACGCUCUCCCCCCGGCCCGGCUGAGCGUGACCACCACUUGACGUCUGAGGAUCCCUUCUCUCUGAACCUACCUCGGGUGGCGAGUCUGGACCCAUCCCCUCACAUGCAGGGGAGGUG